AUGUUUCCCGGCGCUGGACGACACACGUACGCCAAUCAAGAACAACAAAACCAAAACCGGCCUUCGAGACCUAACGGCCCACCACCGGGGUUCGGAGGCCAGCAACAGUACCAGGAGUACAAUAGACCGGGAGCACCACCUCCAAAUAUGCAGGACGGUGGCUCUUUCGGCGGCCAGGGGUACCAGAGACCUUCACAACCUCCUCCACCCAACCAGCAGAAUCGAAGCGAUGUUCAGGCCAAUCAUGCGCAACCUAGCUUUGUGAAUGGGCCUAGUCAGUACCAGCAGCCCCAAAACAUGAUGGCUCCACCGCAACAGGCCCAGGUCGCAGGUAGUGGGUCCAACAACGAGUUUUCUUACCAGUACUCGCAGUGUAACGGGAAACGUAAAGCUCUACUAAUCGGAAUUAACUACUUCGGCUCCCAAAACGAACUUCGUGGAUGCAUCAACGAUGUUCACAAUAUGCACAACUUUUUGACAUCCCGGUACGGCUACCGUCCCGAAGACAUUGUCGUGCUCACCGAUGACCAGCAAAACAUGGCAGGAGUACCUCUCAAGCAAAACAUUCUGCGCGCCAUGCAAUGGCUAGUCAAUGGGGCACAACCCAACGAUGCACUCUUCAUUCAUUAUUCCGGUCACGGUGGUCAAACCAAGGACUUGGACGGCGAUGAAGAAGAUGGGAUGGAUGACGUUAUCUACCCUGUUGACUUUCAGUCGCAGGGACACAUAACGGAUGACGAAAUGCACGACAUCAUGGUCAGACCUUUACCUCCAGGUGUUAGACUUACCGCCCUCUUCGACUCGUGCCAUUCAGGAACCGUUUUGGACCUCCCCUACACGUACUCCACUAAGGGAGUUGUCAAGGAACCCAAUUUGUGGAAAGACGUGGGGCAAGAUGGACUGCAAGCGGCCAUGGCUUACGCUACAGGAAAUACUGGUAACAUGAUGCGUUCAUUGGGCUCAAUGUUUAAAAGCGCAACCAGGAAGGCUACAGGAAACUCGAACCGAGACUAUGUUAUACAAAACAAGUUCUCACCUGCUGAUAUCAUCAUGAUUAGUGGUUCUAAAGACAACCAAACAUCUGCUGAUGCGGUGGAAAACGGUCAGGCCACAGGUGCUAUGUCUCACGCUUUUGUCAAAGUGCUGAGCAUGCAGCCGCAACAAACUUUCCUCAGUUUAUUGCAGAAUAUGAGAGCCGAGUUGAGCGGUAAAUACAGCCAGAAACCUCAACUUUCUAGUUCGCAUCCUAUUGACGUAAACUUACAGUUGCUGCUCUGA